ACCCAUAUACCAACACGGCCACCGCCCGCAACACGCUAUCAACAGCAAAUGUCACUACCUCUACCAUAUUCCUCCCCAGCUCUCACAAAUGCAAAGGGCAAUGUAGGCCGCGCCCGCUCGAAACGAUGGGCGGAGGCUCCGACGCCGUCAUAUGAGGGCGACGAUUAUUGGAGUGGGAGUGAGGAUGAGUAUGAAAUGGAUCGCGACGAGAAAGAGAGGGAGAGGUGGGAAAGUUCCGCGCCGGCGACCCCGGAUAUUGGAUUAGGGAUUGAGAGCGCACAACAAUGCGAACAAGUGUCACGAGGAGUGAGCCAGAAGCGGAGGCAGAGUUCGAGUGAUCAGCGCGUACGAGAAAUAGAAACGAAUCCGUGGGAUGCGCAGGAUGCGACGGAGCCGGAGAGGUAUGCGCUUCAUGAUGCGCCGAUGGUUACGCCGGGUACGGAGAUUGAGGAGCCGGUACCGGUUGUCGCAGCUGUGGAGACUCUACCAACGAGCGCGGACGAGGUUAGAUAUCAGGCCUUUGUCAACGCACAUCCAGAAACCAGCACCGAGGCAACCAUCUCCGGCCCGAUUACGAGCGCAGAUCCAGAACCAGGACCGUCAGCAUCGGCAACGCCAACACAAGUAAACACGCGGCCCGAAGCUACAGUUGUCAGUUACGACGAAGAUGAAGAGGCGCCAACUCAUGAAACCGAAAAUAGGGCCAUGACUGGCACCAAGGCUGCAAAUAGGAUGAGUAUCCACGAGAUGCUUCGUGCGAAUAUGACUCCAGACGAUAGUUUCAUGACUGACUACACCGAGGAGAACGAGGAAUCUCAGACAAUCACGCACGGAGGAGACAGCGCGGUUGAUCCUGGAACUGUCUAUGGUGACAUCCUACCUGCAGCGUUACACCUAGCCCCCGUAGCCAUCGAAGCGCCUACGCAACCCGGAUCCGCAUGUACCACGCUGGAAUCAGCAGGCAGCGAACAAGACCAACAGACACCACGGCUGCCUCAGGUCACACACGCUCCUCUGCCAAGCACCACACCCACUUCUAUAACUACUCAACAACCCUCUGAAGCAAAUACUGCGCAAGAGCAACCCUUGAGCUUUACCGCACCACCACCCCCACCAAUCCCCACCUCUCCCUCGCCCCCAACCGAUCCAAAUCUCCAACGCGGACAAACCGUUAACCUCGCCGCACAAGGCUGGAAGAAACGCGCAGAGGCGUUGAGGAGGGUUGUUAAGAGUCCGACGGGGAGUGAAGUGAGCGGGGCGAACGAAGGUAAGGAGAUGAAGGAGGUGGUUGUCACGAAUGUGGCGGAUAAGCCUGAAAUGGGGGAGAUGGAGAACGGGGAAGUGCAUGAGACGGACUGGCGAGAGGGAGGCCAGCUCGAGGAGGAGUUGGAUGAGGCUAUGGCUGCGUUAGUGGUCGACGCCAUACCGGCCUCGGUAUCACCUCAGUCGGCGGAGACUCCCAUUGCUUACUCAGAGCGGAAACCGACGCCAGUCCAUUGUGGCAUAGCUUCUCUCGUCAGCAACGUCUCAGCCCUGAAACUCGGAACACCGAUUGGUGAGGUACCACCUAUUCUCGCACACCCACCAACCGCGGACGACGCACCUCCGCCUCCCCCGCCACCAAAAGACGACUUCGUGUCUUCACCCUUAGCCCUGCCUCAUAUCACGACGACAGUGGCCCAUGCCGUACACACGCCCGAACCGUCCUCAGCUUCCUCCCCCGAAGCCUACACCCCAGGCGAAGUCGACCGUCUCGCGAACGAGAUCUUAUCCGGUAUGGGCUCUCCGGGAUCUGAUGAGCGAUACGUGACGGCAGUGGAGCCUAUUACGCCUAUGGAUGGCUUGGGUGUGCUGGCGUUGGAGGCACCGAGGCCAUUGACGCCGAGGGUUGGGGGUGUGGAGGGGUUUGAGAGGACGCCGAAGGCGCGGCAAGAGGAGGGGUUUGGGCUGGAGGAGGAGCGUGAAGUGGUUGAGGAUACGCCGAGGGCGUCGCAGGGUGCGUUUGAACACGUAGCUCCUGCUUUGGAGGAUUCAGGGGCAGAGGUUGGGGCUGCUCAGGUUAGUAGGAUGAGCGGCUUCAGCGCGCCGGAUUCUGCACUCCUGGAAGACGUUGCCACGGUUGAGGCAUUCCUUUCCCAAACCGCCGAACCCGAACUCGAAAUCCCCACCUCGCCCAACCACGAUGACCCGGAACAACUCAUGUUCGGCGACGAUGCGGUUAAUCGACGGUUGAGUCGGCAUGUUCGGGAAGGUGCUGGGUUUGCGUUUCAUGAGGAUCUUUCUGAAGUCGUUGUGGGACAAGGACAAGACGAGGAGCCGAUGCCGUUGGAGGAAAAGAGGAAGACGAUGGAUUUCAGUGAGGGGAUGUGGGUGAAGACACCGGUUGGUGAAACACCGCCGUUAGUGCAGGAUGAGAACAGAGAUUUGGGGUUCGAGGCAGCGGACGGGGAAAGGGCGACGGAGGAUGUGGAACAGCCUGUGGUGCCCGUGCCGGAGAAGCCGUUACAUGUGUAUCGGAGUAUGUUGGAUAUAGGUGAGGCGGCGGCGAGUACCGUCCCGGAGGUCCCCGUGCGGAGAAGCGUGUUGGACAUUGGGGAAGCCGGUACGACUGCACCGCCUGUGUUGGCGCCUGUUGCUAUCUCCGUUUCAUCUUCUCCUGAACCAGUACCAAGCGCUGCAGCUCGAGAAUUAUCACCAGAACCGGAAUUGAUGCCUCCUCCCACCCUUACCCGCAAAGCUACAGUCCAUCUUGUUGGACAGAACGUCAACCUCGCGUAUCACCGGCUACAACCUGCACCGCAAUGCACUGCAUUCAAGGAUAUCAAAGAUUCGACGAACCCACGAGAACGUAUCGCGGAGUUGAAGCAACGGAGGCAGGCAAUGAUUGACUUGCCAAAUCCGCUGCAAGAGUGGGUGAGAGUCACCUCAACAAAGCAUGUUGCCGAAGGCGCAAGACCGGGGAGUGCGGCUGGUUCGAGUACGAUGGUUCUUAGCCCGUCUACGAGUACUUUCGAGCGAUCGAAAUCUCGUGGGCUGGGUUCGUUACCGUUGGGCUCGACAGCGACGCUUGGGACUGUGACGAGUUCUAUUAGCGGAAGCAAGCUCAUCGGUAAGUCGAAAGGAUUCUUCUCGACUAUGAAGAAAGAAGGGAAGAAGAUUGGACACGCGGUCAAGAGCGAGCUUGGGGGGACAGGUAGCAGCAAGAGUAUGAGCGUGCGAAGAAGCAGUGGUUUGUUCAAGGAUUUGAACGCGAAGAAGAUUGAGAGUGCAGGGGUGCAGCAGAAUGGUGGACUGGUUUCGAGGAUGAACUCGGCUUUGCCCGAGCGGCCUUCAAGUCGGGCUUCGACGUCGCGGAAUAGUAUCAUCAGUCUGGGUGGCAGGAGACGGAGUUUGCUGGGGAUUCUCCCGAUCCUGAACGCGUCACAAUCACGCUUGCCGAGUCCGCCUCUAGACGAGGUAUUCGAAGCGAAGUUGGAGCGGAUACAGGAAGUGCUACCGCAUAUGCAACGGGAGGAUCUGAUUAAGGCACUAAAGGAGGCUGACGGGGAUGAGACGAGAGCUGUGGGUGCUGCGGUGUUGAUGUCGGGGAGGACUGGGUUUUAGAGAGACUUUUUGCAAAUGGAGCUGGGCUUUGUUGUUGGCGUUUUUGUGAUCUCGUAGCAUAGGAUUCUAUUUCAAGUAUUAUCGCUCUCA